AGCAAGAAGAAUUGACCUUUGGCAUGAACCAGUUUCUGCAGAGCACGAGCGGCUUCCAGACCAGUCUGUAACUUGCAGGAAACCAGCUCAGAUUUGCCUCUCUUGGGCAUGUAGUCCUAAUGAAAUGGCCUUCCAUGUCUCUGUCAAAGAAAGGCACAGUGCUUCUUAUUUUUUUCCAAGUUAAUUGGACUCUCAAGUGCCUCUAGGCUUGGCAACAGCCAGCUUUGCCCCUACGAACAUAUCAGCUUGAGAUUCCUCUACUGUCCCCAGCACAGUCUGGCAGCGAAGGGCUCCUGGGGCCUAGGGAAAAAGCUGCCCAGCACACACGACCAUGGUGCAAAGGCUAAAACGGUCACUUGCCCACAGUCCUUGGCCAGCUGCUGUUCUCCCUGUCCCUUCCAGCCCUCUGGCCAGUAAGCAGUCAGCUCAUGUAGGUCAGCAAAGAUGUCCUUCAGCUCACUCCGGGUCUGGAGAGGUGAGCUAAGCCAGGAGGGCUCCCGCCCCCAGCUGCCGCCUGAGCUCCCCAGCCUUAAUGUGGACAGCAGGCAUUUAUCCGCACCCCAGGCCCCUCCUGGCAAUGUUCAGGGAGGCCUGGGAGUCCCUCAGGAGCCAGUGGCUGUCUCCAAGGUACCUGCCAUCAAUUCUGCUGCAUUAUUGAUAAGGUUAUGGCCAUUUAAUGUUCUGGCCAGUGCAGAGCAGAGAUAUUUCCAGCCUGGGAGAACAGCAGAGAUGAGGGGCCAAAGAGACAAGCCAUGACUGGAUGGGGACAGCAGGAAGGGUGGAGCUCAUGGACCUCUUUGCAGCAGCUCUUCCAUCAGCAAAGAGAAACCAGCCGGCUGAGGGAAGUUUUCCAUCAGCUGGAGAGGGUCUUCUGCUGCUGUGAGUGCCAGAAGUGUCCCAUCCCACCACCCCUGCGCCCAGACAAACGUGAGGCUCUCCAGGUUGAAGGAGGAACCAGAGGGGAUUUCCCUGCUGGUUCCCAGCACAGGCAAGGCUGCAAGGUACUUCCUGGGUAGAUGUUCCUUGUGUGGCCCUGCGGAGCGGCAUGGGAGCUUGCAGGUUGUGGGGCUGAUGCCUGAGGUGGAGACCAUUUUGUUACGGCAGAGGCUGGGCUUCAUGGUGGUAGAAAGGGGUAUUUGGAGUGGGGAGGGGGCAUGAGGGCUACACAGGAGGCAUCAGUUAGAGAAGGGCAGCGGGAAGGGCAAGAUCUUGUUCUGUGUUCGUGGGGAAAAAGGUCACAUGAAGAGCAGCCCCAUCUCAGAGGAGUCAGAGGGUCUGGGACUGCACUGCAUGGAGACCUGGGACGAGUUGGGAAUGUUGAAUAUUCAUGACAGAUAUUCUCAUGUCCCUGUGUGUCCUCUGCUGGUGCUGAGGGUUCCUUGUGCAGGAUGCAGUGAAGUUGCUCUGUGGUGGAAUGCCUGGCAUCACACUCAAUAUCGCUAUAACCUUGUCUUAGUGCAGGCAGGGAGAAUUGUGGCAGGAGACAGCAAGAGGUAGGAUAAGCGUCCUGAGGGUAUGCUAUGCCUUCAUGAGCUAUUUGCCAAGAUCUUGCAGAGGACAUGAUGUCCAGGCCACCUCUCUGCCUCUGUGACCUUUGGAAGAAGCUUCUCUAGAUGCAGAAAGGUUUUCCCAGAUAGUCUCAUGCCUAAAAACUGCUGUGGGGCGUGAGGCUGUGGCUGUACCUCCCAGCUGUCCCCAAAGCAGUGCUGGCACCAGCAGGGGCUGUAGCUCUGCCAUCACCUGGGCUAGGAUGCCCCGGCAAAGCAACGCGCUGGAACAGUGGCUGCAGGCACAGCCUCAGCGAUGGUGGAGCGAGAUGUCUAAGGGAGGUGGGCAGAAACCAAAAGCUCUGGAAGAGCUCCAUAUUGGAGAAACACUGAGAGACAGAGACCAUGGGGACACAUGCUUACUGCUGCCAUUCCUGGCUGCCUCCUGUAUCUUAUCAUUAAGUAAAGCCUGUUUCUGCAAGACACCUGCACGUUGUGCAACACAGUGAGGCUUUCCCUGAGGCCCCCAAGCCUUCCUGCAGGUUGAGCAGGAAAAAACCCCAAGCUGUUCUCACAGAGGCAUAAGCUAAAGGAAGGAGGCUCAGCAACAUGGAGUGCCAGGCAGGGGCUGCAACGAUUUUCAAAUCCUUGAGCUCAGCUGACCAGCUCUGGUCCUUCCUUCUUCCUUCCUGUGCCUUAUCUGCGGCCUCCACUUCCCUGCUCUGUCUCCGAGAAGUCUGGAGGCUCUCCGGGGCGGUGACGGUGCGUGCUGCUGCCUUUGAAGCUGUGGUCAUGUUCGGAUAGUGGUAUGCAGGAAUGGAGAGGAUGCUUAGGAGUUCAUAAGCAAAUACCAGUAAGGAGAUCUCAAAACAGCAGCCCAGACUGCUCCCCAUAGGCUGCCAAAUCCCACAUGUUAUCAGCCUGACAAAUUAGUCCGGGAGCAGUCGCCGGCUGCCGUAUUUGUUGCACCGGGGAUCCAAGCCGUCCUGACCUGCAGAAGCACAGCUGAUACACACAGUCUAUUUUCCAAGAGCACUUACUUCCUCCACUUCUGGCCGAAAACAAUGCAAACCGGAGGAAAGGAGCAGGCCUCAGCACUUCUGAAAAUUAAGCGCUGGAGUUCAGCUUAGUUCGGCCCCAGAGUCUGCUUAACCCUUUAGUUGCUGGAUGAACCAACUUUCCCUGUGCCGAUUGCAGCUUUGGAUUGCCAUGUGCUGCACGGAACAGAGAAGAGUAAAAGGGGUCUCAGAGGAGAAAAAAACUCUUGAGGGAGUGAAAAAAAAGGUCUUUAGAAUCAGGCUUGUCUGCCUGCAUUUCAGUGGCUUGCCGUGCAGGUUUUACUGUAGAAUAGCUGCAUUUCCCCUCUGGACAGCAUCUGUGCCAGAUCCUCCUCCUUCUCGAGCCCCUUCCAGCCAGCUGUGUGCCGAGAAAGACAUCAUCCUGAGGCUGCCCGGUGCUGGGCAUGCCGCGUGUGCAAGGCUCCCGUUAGUGCGCUGCGGUCGAGGUGCCUCGGGGAAGGCUGCCCUGCCCCCAGCGCCUGCAGCUGGCAGCAGCCCGGUCCUGGGGGCAGCCUGAAGGGCCAGCAUUGCAGGAGGGGGCCUCCUUGGGGGGCCUCUAUCAGCAGCUCUGUGCCAAUUUUACGAAGGCUGAAGGCAAGAGCAAAAGCAGAGGGUCAGCGCGAGAAUGAGAAGAUGACCCUGCCGGUGCUGCUCACUCCUGCCACGACAGGCUCAGGACUCUGCCCUCCCCACGUGGCAGCGUGCAGCGUGGGCUCAGUGUCUCCCAGCCAGAGCCCUUGCUUGGCCUCAGUGAGUUUGCAGAGGAUGAAGGAAGGAAAAUACCAUCCCCAGCUAACACCAAAACAGGUCUCCCCACAACAGUAUCAGAGGAAAAGAAACUCCAUGAAACAGAAGUUCAUGUGAUGUGAAACAAAAUGUUUCAUCGUGUUUGUUCCCCCCGCCCACUCCCGGACUGAAGUGAGGUUUAGGCUGACUUCCUUUUUUUUCAGGUACCUUUUAAAAUCACAAAAUGAAAAGCAAAGAGGGUUUGUUUUGAACCUGCCAAGGAACGGCCAGCUGUUGAGCACUCCCAGAAGGAAACAGGCAUAUUAGAAAACGUUGCUGUUAACUCUUUCAUUGCUUUCAAAACAAACAAACAAAAAACCAAACCAUUUUUGUCCGUGCAGACUGUUUGCAGAGCGUAGCCUGGGUGCACAAAUACUCCUGGGUACAGAGGUCUCUCAUUCUGUUGGUCUGUAUUUACGGUGUGUGUCAAAAAAGAAGGAAGUUUCAGUGAUGAACGUCUGCCUGCUACCUCCCCAGGAUGCCCAAAUCCUGACGCAGGUAGAGCCUUUCCUCUGGCACUUUGCCGCAGCGGGGGGAGUUGAAGUGUAACUAGGACAGAAAGUCCUGAGCCUCAAGGACGUGGGGACGGAGCGGGAGGAGGGCAUGGGUGCGUGCCAGCACAGCCGGCUUACGCAAAACAGUCGCUUGAAACCCGCUGGACCCGUGGCUGGUCCAGCCGCGCUGAUGCCAAUCGGGUUGAAAACCACCCCGACCUACUCCAUGACUUUCUGCCCGCAGGCGGCGUCGCUGGCACUUGUUUUCUGCAAACCCGGCGUGCAGGUAGUGCCUUGGGGCUCGUGCUUCCCCCCUGGAGCCAGCGAUCCGCAGGCGUGCUGGGCUGUUUAUAGCACAACUCCCGGGUAACUCAUUGACCUCCGCGUUCGGCCGCUCUGCUGGGAAACGGAGGUUCCCAAGAUGAUAAGCUGCUCUCGGAAGAAAUUCCUUUCCUUUCCUUGUGCGAGGGAGUGGUGGUGCUGGGCUCGCUCGCCUGCCUUGCGAACACGUACACACCCCUGCGCGCGCGCACACACACACACACACACACAUAUGCACAGGCGCCCGCCGCGUCUCCGAGUCCGGCAGUGCUCCCUCUGGGGACCCUGCUUUGAAAGGUCGGAACUUCACAGCCAAGACUUUUCUGGGAGGAAGAAGAUGCUUAGGAACAAUGUUGGGGAGCGGAGCGAACCUGCGCAGAUGAGUGCCGAGGAGCAGGUCAGUACAGCUGCUCGCACUGCUUUGCCCUUGCGGUUGCCUCCGCCGCGCCUGGUCGCUCUAGAUGCCUGUUGCGUGCCUGCGUGGCUUGUCCCCUGCUGCCUAAACACAGGCAGGAAGGGGAGUUUGCAGGUGUUUCUUCCAGCAGUCCACGGCAGGGCCGUGGCUGCAUAAAUACAGGCUGGGGAGGAGAGCUUGGGUUUUCGGUCCCAGCUGAAUUUGAGGCUGAGAUACGGUGAUGAUGAGCAAACUGGGGAAGAAUAGGUUUGUUUUGGAUCCUUUGUACACAGGAACUGCUCUGAUAUGAGAAUGAAAGGAGAAAUCACAGCCACAGACAUGCUAGAUUUAAUGAAGCAAAUUCAGCUCAAGUAAAAGGUGGUGUGUGACAACCCUGGAGAAGGGCAGUGUUUGCAGCAGUUGUAUCACCUGGGCAAAGGUUGCCUGGACAGUAGGUGGGCAGGUGCCUGUCUCUUGCUUCACACCCUGGGGAGGGAAGUGAGGUCAGCCGGUGAUCGGCCUCCCGGUGGAGCUGCCAGGCUGGUGCCAGCUGUGCCGAGGUUUUAAAAGGGAAGAAAGCCCUGAGAGCUGGCUUUGACAACAGUCCCGCCGGGCUGGGGAGCCAGCCAGGGUGAAAGCCCCUUGGAAGCUGCUGGUGCACUUACUAAGAUAGGACUUUUCCAGGGUGCCCGGGCUGAAAUCUGCAGCAGGAGCAAUGGGGGACUUGCAGAGGAGAUCCAAGGUUUGGGUGCUGCUGAGGACAGGCAAGGAGCAGUAAUCAACAGGGUAGGGAGCAGAACCGGAGUUUUUUGGCUUGCUGCCCAAAAGGAAAAUUACAUGUCAGGUCAAACAGGAGGCUGGUAUCUUUGCCUUUUGAGGGGUGGUUUUGGUCAUUGAAUUACUUAGGUAAAUUUAAAAGCAAAAAGAAAUUUCAAUACCACAAAUGUUGGCAUCUUUGUUUAGAAGAUGAAGCAUAAUCUUCUCUUGAUUUAAAAAAAAAUCAGUACUUUCCCUGGUAAAAGACUUUGAUGCAAACUGGUGAACAGCUGUUGCUAAAACAAAUAGCAUUCUGAGUGACACAAAACAUGAUAACAUGAGCCCAAAACAGCAACAUCUUUUAAAGAUGUGCCUGAACUACACACAGAAACUUGCUCUGUGUGCUCUGAAUGCAGGAAGGCAUGCCAAAAUCCACACCUGGAUCUGAAUUUCCCUGCUUUCUAGAUCUUCAUAAUAUCCCCAGGUCAACCUAGGGAGUUUUCUAAAUAUGGAGCUUUUCAGGGCCUCUGUGCAACAGAAGUAGACAGUUUCCUUGCCAAAGGGAGAGCCAGCACAGCCCUUUCCCGGCAGCUCACCUUCUCACAGGUCCUCUCAGCUGCGCUGCUUUGCGGGGCUUCAUGGGAAGGAAGAUUAGCUUGACAGCAGCAUGCCAAAGGACAGCAAGGGCACUUUGCACCCUGAUGUCUGGAGGUCAGGAGAGAGGGUGAGCUGCAAUGAGGUGUGGGCAAGUAAUCAAGAUUGAGGCAGGGAGAGAGAGCCUGAAGAGAAGGCAGAGCAGAGGUGCUGCAGGGGCUGAGGAGGACCAGCCCUUCUCCAGGCAGACCUAAUAUUUCAACAGCUGUUUUGCUCUGAUGGGUAGAAAUCCCCAGUCUUUCAGCUUUUGCCUGGGCAGACAGGCAGUGAGUCGGGCUGGCGCCUGGCCAGAAUUGCAGCACCACUUCACUGUGGUGCAAUCCUCCCUGCAAAGGCUUUUGGUUUGACUUAACUUUUGUAGGGAGUUUUCCAGCCAGCUCCGUGAAGGUGAACUCCCACCUGGAAGAACAUCUGGGCUGGUGGGCAGCAGUGCUUCUGCUAGGGUAGAGGCACCACAGCUUGUUCCACAGCCAAAUAUGCCUCAGGCUCUUCCUCAGGGGUAUGCAAUGGGGCCUGGUAGCACCUGUCAUGGCAUGUGAGUCUGUCUUCCACAGUCUUCUCUGGAAGUCAUACCCAGGGUUGUAGUUUGGGCCUCUGGGAGAGCCAGCAGUGCUUGUGGAGCACACCACAGCAAACAAAUCACUGCUGCGGAAGCUCCAGGAUCAGCCGAUUGCUGAAGGCCUCAUCCUUAAAAAAGCUCUAUCUUGUUACUUCUCUCCCUAGACUUCUUUUUGCAGGGGCUGUGUUAACCUUCCCAGGAGAUGAUCUGCAGGCAUCUGCCACCAGUAGUGCAUGAGGCCAGACAGCCUGUCCGAGAGUCCUAGCCCUGGAGGCUGGGAAGGCCACAGGGCAUGUAAGCAAAGAGGGAAUGAGAGUUCACCCCGGAUGCCCAAGGGAUGCAGGACAGCAACCACAUAGAUUCCUCCUGGUGUCCACAUCUCGGAUUCGAAGAAUUCUGCUGUUCUUCAGGAAUGAGAUGAGCCUUUCUAGCCUUGUACAUGCCAAUAGUAUUUAUGCUUACAGGGAACUUGUUUUGAGCUUGCUUGGACAUAGCUCUGCUCCACUGAGAUCUGUGUGGUGCAGGCGAACCUGCACUUGCUGUGAAAUGGGAAGAGCACUGCCGUGCUAGCUCUGCUGGGCGGUGGAAAGGCUGGUCCAGGAACAGCCGCGCAGCAAGGCCUGGAUGGAGUAUGCUGGACAAGCCACAGCGGGGUUUCCCUGCAGGCAGAGAGUGUGACUGCUGCUGUCCCAGCUCGCCCGUGCUCCUGUCCAGGUGGGAUCACCUACGGCACGCCGCAGCCGAGCGCCGGGGAAAAUGGUGGCAGGAGAAGACCAUGGCUUCAGGUAACGCUGGGGAGCCAGAGCCAAGUGAUCCUGCUACAGAGGCAGCAGAAGGCUUGCCAGACACCUCCUCAGUGCUGCUAGCUGUCGGGGAGGGCUUUCCACCAGAGAUUUCGCUCUUCUUCUCUGUUGAGAGUCGCUCCUCCCGGUGCCUCAAUUCCCAGCUCCAGGAAGCAGCCAGAAAGAAGCUGUGGGCUCUGGAGAAUGAUGACAGAGAAGUCUGUGCUCUGUUCAAGGAGCUGUCAGCCAGGCUGGUCUGUGUGCAAGCACAGGAGGAUCGAUUCCUCCUCACCUUCAAAACCCUAGAAGAAAUCUGGAAAUUUUCCACAUAUCUUACGUUAGGCUAUGUGGCCAGCUGCUUGGAGCAGCUUCUCUUUGACCAGGUGUACUGGCUAAACUGUGCUCUGAUGGAGGAUACUGAGAUCAAAGUUACUGUAAAUGAAGAUUGCCUGGCCACCAUAUAUCUGGGUUUGCUGCUCCAGGAAGGUAACUUUUUUUCCAGGGCAGUGCCCAGUGUCUGCCAGCCAGAGGGGGAGGGAGAGGAUGGCCUGAGGCUCCACAAGAAUGAGCUGAUCCAGGUGAAGAACAUUGGAGAAGAGUCCAAGUGGGAAGGGAUGUCCUUAUUGACAGGUCAACGGGGUCUGGUGCCUGUUACAGCUCUAGAACCAGUACCUCACCCAUUUUACCAGUGGUUCUUGAAGAAUCAUGCUGUGAGUUUUGGCAUCUCCCAGGAGAUAAGUGGAACAACUCAGCCAAUUGUCAAAGGCAGAUGCGCAGCCACAGAGGACCACAGAGGAGGAGCAUGGGAUGAACUGAAUUUCUCCAAGGGAGACAGCAUAGAAGUCAUUGGCUUCCUUAUUCCAGGACUGUCGUGGUUUGUGGGAAAAUCCCUAAGCAGUGGGAACAUCGGCUUUGUCCCAGUGAGAUGCAUAAAUCCUGAGGCCUGUGAACCUCUGGGAAAGGGCUUGGUAUUUCUGAGUGAAGAAGAAAAAGUCUCCCUCCUGCGCAUCCCCUGCAACGGCAGUGAGCAGCACUUCACCACUCUUCUCAGUGACCUGGCUUGCACUGACAUCACCUCUGUGUACCGGCUCGGCUUCUUGUUUUCUGUUUGUCUCCUUGUCUGUGUAGAUGGUUUUGAAUCCACAACCACAUUCCCAAAAAUACCAUCAGAGGCUGUUCUCCAAGGCUAUAAGAAUAUCCAGCUGCUCCAGUCCUGGGAGGAAAUAAAUGGCUUGGCUACACCUAGCACCUCCGAGAAGUCUAGCCCAGGGAGUGAAUCAGCCCCUGCUACGCUGGAAGAUAUUUUCCUGGAGAAGCCAGAUGAUUUUGAUGAUCCCAAGUUCUUCAUUGAUCUGAAUGCUGGACACAUGGAGGAUGCUGACGUCUUUGACCCAAUAUUGACCUUCCUUAACCAAGACAGUUACGUGCCCAGUUUUCAAAGCCUCUACGAUCUCAGUUUUUCCUUUCUCAACUCCACUUUUUAUGGUUUUUCUGAUGAGGAUGAACUGGUCUUGUAUCUUGAGACCUCCAGGAACUGGGCCAAGAAGACUCAUUCAGUUUGGGCUCACGUCAGGCUCUGUUUCCUCUUGGGUAAGCUCUGCAUCAAAAAGGUCAAGUUCUCCCAGGCCCGAGUCUAUUUUGAGGAAGCCUUGAGCAUCCUGGACAGGGGGUUUGGGGAUCUGCCCCUGCUGGCUGCGUUGCAUGUGAACCUUGCUUCCAUCUACUUGAAACAGAACAUGAAACAGAAGUUCUCCUCCUUGCUGGGGAAAACAGUGACCUUGCUCGUCUGCUUGCCUGGCCACUCUUUCAGCUCGGAGAAUGAGCUGGAAGUCAUGAAGUACAUCCUGAGAGAAGCCAUUGCUGUGGGUAAUGCUCCCUUGGAGGUCCGGAUCUGCUUCCUUAUUGUCAAGCUCUUCCUACUACUGGGCAAAAAUGAUGAAGUUCUGCCCUUUACUGAGCGUCUUCAAUGCCUUGCCACCACUUUACUCAGUCCAGGCACCAGUGCUGUGCCACUAGAUGCCACCCCCAUCUUGAGCUACUUGUAUGACAAGAAGUACUUACCAAACAUUGCACUGGCCUCUGCCAGGUUGUUUGUUCCCAGUGGUGUCAGGGGGGCACCAACACCCAUUUGGAGAGCUGGCUUCAUCCUCCAAAAUAAUUCCAAGCUCCUGGGAAGUCAACUAGAAAGGAGCAGCAUCCCAGCACUGGCUUGUUUCUAUCUCAAGCAGGCACUGAAUUUCUCCUGUGACAACAGAGCUGUGCCCACCCAGAGGACUCUGUGUGCCAUCUUGUCCCGAAUGUACCUCCAGCAUGGCGUGUUGGAUGGGGCGGUUUGUUACGCAGCCACAGCUGUAGCUCUCAGCAGGCUGAUGAGUGAGGAGGAGGCUUUUGAGUCCUCUCUCUGUUUGGGGUGGAUGUAUCUCCUGGACAGCCAGCCGGGCCCAGCUGCAGAGAUCAUGUGGCAGCUCUUACAUUCUCUGCAUGGGACAGACAGCGUGACUCAGGGUGGAGCCGUUCACAAUCUCCUGGCCAUUGCCCUCAAAGGAGAAGGGCAGGUGCAAAAAGCUGCAGAGCAUUUCCUCCAGGCCCUACACAAAGCCAAAGAGACUGGGAACAAGAGGAACCAGGCUAUCACCCUGGCUAACUUGGGGCAGCUGACCCUUUCACGUGGGGCAAGCCAGCUGUCUGAGAUCUACCUGCUCCAGUCUGCUGAGCUCUAUGCUGAACUCCAGGGCAGUGAAGACCUGGAGAUGGAGUUGGGCUGGGUGCUGCUGUGGCUAGCACAGGCCAUGGUAAACAGGCAGAGGAUAGAAGAUGGCAGACUCUGUUAUGAACUAGCACUGCUUUUUGCCCUCAAGUGGCAUAAUGUGAGGAGUCAGCUUCACAUUACUGAGUCUCUCUGCCAUUUCUACAACAAAGUAUCCCCCAAUCUCCAGGCCUGCAUUACCUACCAUGAGCACUGGGUAUCUUUGGCACAACAGCUCCAGGACAGAGAGAUGGAAGGCAAUGUCCAGCAGACCCUUAGCCAGCUCUAUCAAGCUCUGGACACGUCCAAAGCUUUGAAAAAGUCCCUGGACUGCACCAAGCAGAGUCUAAGGAUCUUCAUUGAUCUUGGGGAGACGGUCAAAGCAGCAGAGGCCUGGUUGCAGGCAGGCAGGCUUUACUAUCUCAUGCAGGAUGACGAGCUGGUGGAAAUGUACUUUCAGGCAGCCAUUCAGACUGCUGUGAAAUCUGGGGACUUCUCAUUGGCCAUGGACCUUUAUGAAAAAGCAGGUGAUACCUUUUUUAAUGGCAACCGAAACAGAGAUCGAGCAGUGGAGUAUUAUAGGGGAGGUGCUGUGCCCUUGGCCAGGAAACUGAAGGCCAUUAAGACAGAGCUACGGCUGUUCAAUAAGCUAGCAGAGCUGCAGAUUGGGCUGCAGGGCUACGAGAAGGCACUGGAGUUUGCCACUCUGGCAGCCAGGCUGAGCACCAGGGUGGGAGAUCAAUUACAAGAGCUGGUUGCGUUCCACCGCCUGGCUACAGUCUACUAUUUUCUGCAGAUGUAUGAGAUGGCUGAAGACUGCUACCUGAAGACGCUUGCCUUGCAUUCUCCCUUGCUGCAGUGCACUGGAGAAGCCCUGUACUACUCCAAGGUGUACUGCCACCUUGGCAACCUGACCCUGCACAAGCUGAAGGAUGAACAGGAUGCAGCAGGCUACUUCCUCUUGGCCCUUGCCGCAGCAACUGAGGUGGGAGACCAGGAGCUGCAAGGCGUCAUUCAUGCCAAGCUGGGUCACAUCUACAGUGCCCCUCUCUGUCACGUGGACAUACCAGGCUGUACCAUGUAUCGGGCCAGGUGGCUGAGCGAAGGAGGGCACAUCGUCUGACCGACCACCAAGGUGGACUUGAGUGUAGCCAGCAAAGGCAGCUUUCUGCACCUGGCUGGCACAGGUCCAUGUGCUUCCCAGAACAAAUGGCCUACAGAAGGUCCUGUGCAGCUUCCUGAGAAGGUCAGCAGUGUUUUAUCUUCUCAUCUCCAGCAGUCACGGGACCAAGCGCUUGGCACACUGUCCUAGUCUCCUCCAAGCCAGAGCACUGCUGUGAGGCUGGCUAUCCAUCCAUGGCAGCAAACUGCACAGAGAGGACAAUGUGAGGUAUUACCACGAGGCAAGGCAGGAGGAGGACUUAGUUGCCAGCCUGGACCAGGAAUCUGGUGCUGCAGCGGUUUGGUGGAGUGGAACUGGGCGCUAGAUGGCACUCCAGGAAUGCGGCUGCCUGCCUGGGACAGCAGCACAGAGGAAACUGUGCCAGUGUCCUGUCCUACCUGCCUCCCGCUGCCUCCUGGGUCCUAUGGGGCAGUGCAGCCUACAAGGGAAUGCCUCCAACCACAAAUGUAUUUUAACUGCAAUAGCAACUCCUUUAUUUAUUUCUAUUUGUUUCCUGUCCUUUCUGCUCUAAGAAGGCCUGUGACCCACACUUCUGCAGAACCACUGGCCUUUUCCGAGUCCUCUUUCGUACAAAGCACUGCCAAAACUCUUGGCAGUGAGAGGCAGAAUAAGUAAAGGGAGGAAGAGUGAAAAUGGCCAGAUAACCCUUCCCUGGGUGACUGAUCCUGUAUGCAGGUGGCAGACUGCUCAGUGGGGAGGGAGAACCCACCAUCGCCAAAAGGUGGGGACAGAACUAGGCUAGCUAAGCUGGGGCCUCUGUCAGCAGCAGGCUAUGAGAGCAUGUAGGAAA